AUGAGUCGAAUUUUCUUCGCGUUCUUCUAUUUUUCACUUUUCGUUUUUCUUCAAUCUUGUGAAAUCAAGAAAACCAAUUUGUAUUAUACUUAUGAUAGUGAAAGUGAUAGUCUAACUGGUCAUUAUGAAAGAUCAACUUAUGAUAGUGAUUCUGGAAAUGUUACAAUUGCUAAAUGGAUUGAGACAAUUGAGGGACCAUUGUUGAAACCACCAACUACUACAACUACAACUACGACCACUACAACAACUCCAAGUAUAGAUUGGACAACGCGUUCAUGCCCCAAUGGUUGGACGAAAUCUAGUCGUGGAACUUAUAACUAUUGCUUUAUGGCAAAGUAUAAUCAAGGAAUUAGUCAAAACAGUGCUCGAAAUGAUUGCGAAAACGAUGGUGGAAGUCUAGCAGGGUUUCAAACAAAUUCAGAACGAACAACUAUGAUGAGUAAGGUUUUUUUCAGUUGAAAUUUUAAUCAUUUAGAUGCGAAGAAAUACCGUUUUUCCCACUAAAAGAGUUGGAAAGCAUUGAAAAAAGAUUGUCUAACAAACCGAUUUCCAGAGAAAGCACAAACAGCAUUUUAUCCGAAAAAUGAAGCUGCAGCAUUUAGUAAUGUAUGGAUUGGACUCGAAAGCUCUAAUUGUGUUAAGUACAAAGCAAAUAGUUUCUCCUGGAUGGAUAUGACAGAUGGUACAGCUGGAUUGAAUUGGGCAAGUCAACAGCCAGAUUGUACAGGGUGAGCUAGGAAAACUUAAGGGAGAGUCCGAAAAACAAAAAAAAGUUCACUCCUGUCCAUUUCUGUUCAAACUAAAAUAUUUUUCUUCAACGUUGAAUAACUAUGAUUAGAAUUCAGUUAGCUAUAAGUAGAUCAUUUUUUUUAAAUCAAAAUUGGUCAGGAAAAAUAUAAGUUGGUUUUUGGGCGCCCCGUGAUAAUAUCUAGAAAUUUAAUAUGUUUUAUAUUUAUAGAUCUUCCCAGCCAUGUGUAGUGAUGAAUGUGUCGAGUGGUACAUUUGAUGAUAUUUCUUGUAUUCCAACAAAUGGUUAUCCGUUGGUCGGUUACAUUUGUGGACUUCGUGCAAAUCUAUAA